GUCUGAGCCAGGCGUUGGCUUGCAUGCCCUCGGUCAAACUCGUCAAAUAACUGUUCAUGAUACCAUCAGACAACGCCAAUUCAUCUUCUGACCACAAAUCUGUAUCCAAACUCCAAAAACUUGCAGAAAAACUCAUCACUCGUUCAUCUCCCGCUCCCUCAGUUGUGCCCCCAUGUGGUCCAGAUACCCAGCAACCCAGUUACCUCGUCGGCGCAAACCUACCUCCCCCUGGCCCAGCGCACUACGCCGUCCGUCGCGCUUUGUGGCUCACACCAACAAAGACACCUGAGCAUGCCCCCUCGUCUCCGUCCCGCCUCCGACUCGAACAACUGCUCAGUCAGCCUGGCGCUGCCCGUAGCGACGAAGCUUGGAAAGGCGGCGUACAGAAGGUGUGGAAGGGUCUCGUCGGUGGCGGAAGACUGCGACGCAGGCUUCCUAUGAAUCUAGUGAUCCAGGUCAUACAUGCUGGUUGGCUACGGGACCCGGAAACAUGGCCUGCCGGUGCAGAAGUGCCAGAGUCUGACGACGACCCUUCUCACAAAGCAGCUCCUCCAUCCCCUCUUCCAAGACUCACCAGUCGACAAGAAUCAUGCCUGGCAACGUCCAAGUCAGAUGACAAACCAUCCGUGAAGCAUUUUCACGACAUUGGAGAAAUGCGUUCCUCAGGAGUGGCUGCCGCAGCGCAUUAGCCACCCACAUAACGGAUAAACGACCGAAUGCUGUACGAUCGACGCGUCGAACUUGUAUGAUCAUGUAGUAUAUCCCUGUCACUGCCUCUGAUGUAUGAAG